UUUCACUUCAGACGGAAGUGGCUCAACGACUCUACUGCAUAUAUUGAAGUGUUUGAAUGAGAACAGUUUUCUCAGAAACGGUCAAACACAAAAAGAAAGAAAAUGAGUGAGAGAGGAGAAACAUUUUUUGUUGCAGGUCAUUAAGACUCACAUUCACAGAUGAUUCAGUGAACUCUGGUCAAGAAAUUCACUUAAAGACUAGAAUAAUGGGAGGUAAGAAAUAACAGCAUUAAUCAGGGACUGCAUUAAAUUAUGAAUUAUUAAAUUAUGAUUCCAUUUCAUAUAGGCAGUACAUCUUUACCUGAUAGAAGGAUUGUCCUUCUUGGGAAAACAGGAGAUGGAAAAAGCAGUGCUGGAAAUACAAUUCUCAGAGAACAAAUAUUCCCAGUUAAAUCUUCACCAAAUUCUGAAUCGGCUAAAUCUGAUGUAAAAGAUGGGAUGGUUGACAGAAGAAAAGUCACAGUUAUUGACACACCUGGAAUCUUUGAUACAACACUAGAUGAGGAGAAGGUGAAGUCUGAAAUUGUUAAGUAUGUGACUGAUUGCGCUCCAAGAGUUGCAGCUGUAGUCAUUGUGUUGAAGGUCGGUAGAUACACAGACCAAGAAAUGGAGAUUGUGGAUAAAAUUUUGGAGUAUUGCGGAGAGGAUACCUUUAAACAUGCAGUGGUUUUAUUCACUCAUGGUGAACAACUAGAGGGUCAAACUAUUGAGGAAUUUGUGAAGAAAAGUGAAAAACUACAGAAGCUUGUUGAUAAAUGUGGAGGUCGCUGUCACGUCAUCGACAAUAAAUAUUGGAAAAACCGCAGAUGGGGAUACAAAAGUAACAGAAGUCAGGUGAGAAAUCUUCUGAAGACCAUAGACAAGAUGGUGAAAGAGAAUGGAUGCUACACCAAUGAGAUGCUUCAAAUUUCUGAUGAAGAAAUUAAAUAUGAGAUUAAGAACAUAACGGAAGACAAUUUGUCUCCAGAAGAGAAACGAGACAAAGCAAAGAAAAUUGUUCAGAAAAAACUUCUCAUUAAGCUUGCAGGAGUGACCUCAGGAGCACUGAUUGGUGCGUUUUUGGGUGUUGGCGUCGCAUUGGCAUCAGUUGUGGCUUUACUCAAAGGAGUCAAAUACAUACAACCAAUCAAAGCAAUAGCCCUAGCAGCAACUGCAGCAGAAGCAGCAGCAGGAGGAGCAGCAGCUGUGGAAGCAGGAGCUGCUGCAGGUGCUAGCAUUGGAGCAGCAGCUGGUACAGGAAUCGCUGCAGGUGUCAUAUUUGGAGCCGCAGCUCUUGCAGGAGCAAUUGGAGGAGGAAUCACUGGAUACAAAGCAGCAGAAGAAGCUAAUUCGGUGCUUGAUGCCAUUAAGAUCACAGCCAAAGUUAACUAUGGGAAUGCAAAAGAGGUUAUUAGACAGGCAGAACAACUCCCUAAUAAUAUUUGUAAGAAAAUUCAAAAUAAUUAAUUAAUUGUGAACUAUUAUGAAUUGUUGGAUAUGUAACGAGAUAAAUGUUAUAUAAAUAUAAAUGUCCGUUUUUAGGUUCUUUAAGUACCGUAUUGACCCGAAUAUAAGACAAUGUUUUUUCUUGGAAAUGCAUCUGAAAAAACGCGGUCGUCUUAUAUUCGGGGUCUAGACUUUGACAUGUCAAUAAUACACCACAACAAUAGGUGGCGCCAAAUACACGUAAAACCAGUGUGGCAUGAAAUAUGUAAUGUAAUGUGUGUUGUAAAGAUCGCGAGUGAAAACAAAAGAAAAAGAAGUCGUGACUGUCAUGUUAGUCUGAUGGGACCAAACUUCCUCUGUAAGUGAUUUUAAAACAUAAGACAGUACCCAGAUUUGAAGACUACAAUAAGAUUUCACUUCUACUGUUAAUAACAUUUUGGUAGGCUACUAUGAGAUGGAUAGCCUAAUUGUAUAUAUAAUUUAGAUGGGCUACCUUUUAUUUUUAUGGUUUAUCAAAAAGUGUAUAUUUUUAAAUGUGAUUGUUGGUAUAUUUUUGCCAGUAUUUACCAUACUUUCAAAACUAAAAUUAAAAUAGGAAAAAUAUGCAAUAUGAAAAUAGUUUAAGAAAAAUGAUGUGUUUAUAUUCGGGUCAAUACGGUAAAUGCCGUUCCUGCCUGUGUUAAUGAGAUCGCACUUCCUAUUGGUUGCGCAGGUGGCGCUAUUGCCCGCUGAGUUCGAACAGUCUGCAGCAAAGCCAUGGAGAACUGCUUUGGUUGGGUUCUUUCUGCUGUAGCUCCACACUAAAAGUUAAAAAUAUCGUUUCAUGUGAAAUUUUAGACACUGUUUGAAAAGUAUUGAAUAUCGUAGACAUUGAUUAAUUUGUAGUGUGUUUUUCUUUUUAUAUAUGUGACCCUGGACCACAAAACCAGUCUUAAGUGUCAAUUUUUUUCAAAAUUGAGAUUUAUACAUAAUCUGAAAGCUGAAUAAGUAGCUUUCCAUUGAUGUAUGGUUUGUUGGACAAUAUUUGUCUGAGAUGCAACUAUUUGUAAAUCUGGAAUCUGAGUGUGCAAAAAAAUCUAAAUAUUGAGAAAAUCACCUUUAAAGUUGUUCAAAUGAAGUUCUUAGCAAUGCAUAUUACUAAUUAAAAAUUAAGUUUUGAUAUAUUUACGGUAGGAAAUUUACAAAAUAUCUUCAUGGAACAUGAUCUUAAUAUCCUAAUGAUUUUGGCAUAAAAGAAAAAUGUAUAAUUUUGACUCAUACAAUGUAUUGUUGGCUAUUGCUACAAAUAUAGCUGCUGCUUAUGACUGCUUCUGUGCUGCAGGGUCACGUAUGUGUUAUUUGGAUACUUUCAUUUCCAUUUUGAUGUACCCUUUUUCAUGUGCUCCAUUUUGCCAUGUGCUAAUGAAGUGAAGCGUAUUCUGAAUAUGUGGAACUGUAACGCGACUGAACUUUCCAUUUGUCUCCUACUGCUCUGUGCGCAGGUAUUAUUUCUUUAUCAUAUAGUGUUGAAGAAUUUGCAUUUGCAUUUUCUGUAUUUUUAAGUAAAUGUUUUGUUAACUUUUGUAAAGCACUUAAUUCAUGGUUUUACUAAGAAAUUUCAUGAUAUUUUCAUUAACUUACGGAGUUACAUAAAAUGGAUGAUGUAAGCUGUGUAAUUUAUGUAUUUCAUACUAUUCAUUGCUUUCUAUUCAUCUUAUUCCUGACUGAUUUAAAAUGACUUAUACAAUCACAAAGCAAUAGGUUUAAGAAGAAAAAGACAACAUUGAAUUAAGAAAAAUGUCUGUUUAUGAACACAAAGAUCACAAGUAUAUAUAAAUCAAAUAUAUACAUUGGCAUGUCCUAAUUUAAGAUCAAAUAAAGUGUCAAAUGACAUUAAAUGAUGGGAUUUUUAA